AUGGUUACCGUCGUCCCAAAAUUCGAUCGCCGAUCAAUUGAGCAGGUUGAAAACCACAGAAGAGAUGGAUUUCGGAGAUUGGGAAGUAACCCCAGAGGCAUUCGAAAGAGUUCAACAUCAAUUGCAGGUGAAAGUUCAGUUCGACCGUUUCGCCAGCAAUUACAACUUCAAGGUUCCUCAAUACAUGGUGUGGAAGAGGACCAAGAGAGAACAGCCCGCAGAUGCAUUCAGUUGCUAUUGGCCCAAGGAAGAGCUAAAUUGGUGCUGCGUGCCGUUCAGCAUUAUCCAGAAGGUGCUAGAGCAUUGCAAGCUUUGCCAAUCUCAAAUGAUACUCGUUCACCCAGUAUGGAAGACAAAACCCUGGUGGCCACUACUGCUGGAAGGCAAGGUUCGGUCAGUACCAAUGUCUGGAAUAGAUUUCAGACCCUCUCGGUCAGGGAAAUGCGAACCGCAAAAGAAAAGCUCUUGGCUAUUAGAGGCGACCCUAAUCGACUUUCGGAUGACCAACUAACAUCAGUUGGUGGACUAAUUGAAAAGGCCGGUGCGGGUCGUGAGUCCACAAACACUACGUAUGACAGUUAUUGGAAUCGAUUUGUUAAAUGGUGCGAUGAGAGAAAUAUUGCAAUACCACCCACAGAGAUGGAUGUUUACAAUUUUCUGGUGUGUCUUUUUCUUAAAUGUAGGUCCGGAAAAAAUUGUAAACUGGCAAUGUUUGCUAUUAAGAAGCGAUGUAAUCAGUUCAAAUGGAUUGACGUGGUGGGUGAACAUAUUUCAUCUCUAGUUGAUUGCAUGAUCAACAUGGCACCAGUUUCAUACGAGAUUGAACGAAACGAGUGGCGUAUUAUGUACAUUGAUAUGUGGAUUCUCGAAGGGUGUAACUUUGUCGACAGGAGAACUUAUGUUUUUUAUACGACCCUUAUGAUCAUCGGCAUCAGGUCCAUGUUACGAGGAUCUGAGUUGGGUAGUAUUUUAACUCCAAUGUGGUAG